AUGAGGACAUUGUAUGGUGGGUUUGACAAGGUUGGGGCAACCAAAAACGAUUUUAAAAAUUUCAAGCGAGACCUGAACAGGUAUAUAUCGGAGUUUGAUGCUGAUAUGAUGAUUAAACGGCUUUUGAGGAAGAAAGAGUACAUGCCUAACUUUUCAAUGGAGUAUAUAACAGACGAGAAUGGAGUUUUAAGGGGUUUGUUUUGGGCAGAUGAAGAUGCUAAAAGGAAUUUCUGUGCUUGGUACAACAUGAUGUUUGUUCCAUUUACCGGCAUCGACAAUCACAAUCGCAACGUUACUCUUGGUGCCGCUAUAAUAGGAAACAAAACUGCUGAAACUUACAGUUGGUUGCUAAAUGUGUUUCGUCAAGCAUUUGGCCGUGCCCCUCCGGUAAUUGUCACCGACCAAGACCCAGCCAUGAAGAAGGCUAUCGAAGAUACAUGGCCCGAGAGUAGACAUAGGCUAUGCAUGUGGCACAUCAUGGACAAGCUUUCUGCUAAGGCUGGUGCUACAAUCUGCAAUAAUACAGAUUUCAAAAAGAGGCUGUGUGCCAUUGUGUGGACCGAUUCAAUUCUACCAGUUAAGUUUGAAAGUGAGUGGGCUACCAUAAUGAACGAUUUUAACUUGGUUGAUCAUGAGUGGCUGCAGUCACUUUACCAAAUCAGGGAUACUUGGAUACCAGCUUAUUAUCGUGAGGAGGUCAUCUCCGGGCUUAUGCGUACCUCUUCUCGUUCAGAGAGCGAGAACCAUUUCUUUGGACAGUUCUGUAACCCGGGUUGCACACUUGUCGAAUUUCUCGGGCAUUUUGAUUUUGCUAUUGAAGCUCAGAGACAUGAGCACAGGAAGAAUGAGCAUGACACCAGAAAUACAAACGCUGAAAUAUGGGCUGAAGACUUUGUUUUGGAGGAUCAAGCGUCAAGGAUAUACACACGCACUAUAUUUUUUGACCAGCAGUUGGAGAUACAAAACGGUAUACACAGAUGUGCUAUCGGAAAGUGGGAAAACAUGGGUGACUUCGUUAACUUUUUUGUGAAGGACAGUGAACAACCAUGCACUACUUUCUUCGAGGUUAUGAUGCGGGAGGACGACAUGACUGUCUAUUGUACAUGCAAAAGAUUUGAACAUUUUGGGUUGUUGUGCUCACACAUCUUUUGUGUGCUAAGGAUGCUUGACAUUAGGGAGUUUCCACAACGCUAUAUAUUACGACGUUGGACUCGGGAGGCUGUUCCAAAUAGUGCCCCUGGUGCUAUUCUAGGUAUCAAUGAGACUGAGGAUCGUUAUAAUGAAGUUAACCGUGUUGUACGUGAGAUCACAUAUUCUACAGAGUCGGUUAUUAAUCAGCUUGUCACCAACUUUGAUGCGCUAUGCUCGUUCAGGGACCAUGUUGUUAAUUAUUUCAAAACUGCGGAUGGGUCUGUCGUCAAUGCUCCACCUAAGAGCCGUCGUGAAAGGUUUGCCGAAAUUACUAGUAACACAAAACCAUCAGAAGCAACCGUUCGUGUUCCCAUUGGAACAAGAUUCAAAGUUGGGUAA